AUGGAUACCCAUCUAAUCACGGAUGAGUGUCCCAGAGCAAAAGACACCGGGCUGCGCUCGCUCUCUUUCGGUGCAGUAAGUGAAGGCAUGGGCCGCAUUAUGGCGUUGGAAAAUGUGCACGUGCGGCUACUACUCUUCACUGUUGCCAUGCUGUUAGUUAGAGCAAGUGAGGCAUGGAAGGAGGGCAAUUAUCGUGAAAAUUAUGCAUUUAUCGUUUCUGGUACCGAGUUGAAAUUUUAA